UCCCCAUCCGAGACUUCCACGUCAGAGUGUAGAGUGCUCUGAGGACAACUGGUCUGGCUUUUAAAGACAGACGUAAAAAAGGCAUUGAGAACCUCAGCCUUUUCAUUGUCCUCAGUAGACUUGAAUGGACUUCGACAAGUUCAGACUCAGAGCAGCAUUUUUAUUUCAGGGAAAAAUAAAGAAACAUGGAAAUGUUGUAAAAAAAAAACAAGCUGCCCGCUAGUAGCCCCAGCAAUACUUAUCAGACUGUCUUUUUCAUGUCCCCGUAAACCUCUCCUUUCACCUACAAUUUACAGGGCAAACAGUCUUACAGAGCAAAAACCAGAGCUCAGUAUGCUCUGCCAGUGCACCCUCUACUAACACCUGUGUCUUUUGUGAUGAUCGUGGAUCCCCUGCCAGGCUGGAUUCUCAUCUCACCCAACACAGUUUUCCUGACGGAAUUUACGUGUAGACUUGAAGGGAAUUGUGGCAUGGGUAGGCCAACUUCCCACCAAUGACUGCGUAACAGUUGAAGCUUUGAUGCAUGCAGAGAAACGUGUCUUCUGAGCUGGACAAAUCCAAAUACAAAGGCCGAUCAUUCCACAAGGCAUGAUGCCAGCCUGCAUUUCCUCUCUGGCUCUACUCAUCACUGCUGAGUGAACUUCAGGGGCUUACUUCAUUUCUUCUCAAAGCCUCGGAAUCCCUCAACUUCAGUGGAACUUCCCUACCGCUGCCUAGUAAAACUAUUUGAACACUCACACAAUCAGCUUAAAGAAAAAAAUACAACUGUCUUUUAAAAAGUAAGGAAUAGAGAGGAAUGAAAUGGGAGCAGGCGGGUUUUGUCUCAGGAGAGUGAAUAAAAAGAGCCAAAACGUCACUGCAGUGAAAAAGGCACCAAAGGAAGAGAGCUUAAAGCUGAGCUCAACUGCACUCAUGAAAGCUCAAGUCACCCCAGAAGGAAUGUGCUUGGGCACCUCACACUUCAAGAACAUUAAGCGUGGGGGGUUUUAUUUCUGUUACUUCAACUAAGUACAAUGUAUGUGAUUCAGUAUAGGUGUCUUUACGUUUGGAGGACAUUUACUUUGUAAACAAGGCAUGAUGCACAUCAUUAACAUUUUCCCUACUGCCCACAACACGGAAGUACAACAGAGGGGUUGUGCACAUCACACAAACAUUGAAGAUGAGAUGCAAAGGUCGUGGCAACCGUACAGCAGCAGAGUUUGUUACCAAAGAAUCACAGAAAGACUUGGGUUGCAAGGGACCUUACAAGUUGAACUAAUUCCAGCCACCUGCCAUGGCCCGAGUUGCCACUAGAUAAGCUUAGAAUAGGGCCCCAUCCAACCUGGCCUCGAACACCUCCCAGGAUGGGGCAUCCACAGCUUCUCUGGGCAGCCUAUGCCACUGCCUCACCAAUCUCCGAGCCAAGAAUUUCCUCCAAGAGUUUAUCUAAUCUCCUCUCCUAGAUUAAAACUGUUCCACCUUGUCCUGUCCCUAUCACACCACGAAAAAAGUCACUCACCACACGCACUAGAGGCCAAAUAUGCUGUUAACUUGCAAUCUUUACUAGACCCUCCAGAAACCUAUGCUAGACUCAGACCAGAAAUGCUAGCGUGGUACCAGGGCCGCAACUCUGGCCAAUGGACAGCUGCACUGCAGCAUCUGCCACGAGGAGCACUGACAGCAGGUGGAGGGAGCCCAUCCCUCCUCUCUGCUUCAUGGCAGCACCAGGACUUCACCCCGUGCUGCCCCUAAGGGCUGCCACCCUCUCGCUUGAGGGCCCGCGCCCACACUCCCUGUGAGGCGGUGACCGUGAUGUCACAGUGGCUGGCAGGGAGCGGCCAUUGUGACCCAUGAGGCUAGGAGCAGAGCAAAGGCUGCCGGGCUCAGGCCCAGUCAGUGCGGCCUGGUGAGGCGCAGAGAGAGCAGGGACUCUCGCAGUGCUCGCCGUUGACGCACAUCAUGUCCGACAGGAAGCGGAAGGCCUCCGGCUCGGAGGAGCCAGCAUGCAUUCUGUGCGGCCGGGCAGAUGCUGACCCAGUCAUCUGCGGGCGCACAUUUGACCAGAGUGGGAUUCGCGUCCAUGAGUUCUGCUUGAUGUUUGCCCACAUCGAUUUCGAAGAAAGACCCACACAGCAAGGAACUGUGUGCCUCCCCCUUGCUGCCAUCAGAAGCAAGGUCAAGCAGGCAAACCAGAAGCAAUGCUGUGUUUGUGGGGAGAGGGGAGCCGCCACCACAUGCGUAGAGAGCAGCUGCGAACGGAGCUUCCAUCUGCCCUGCGCUGUGGACGGGGAAUGCGUCACCCAGUUCUAUGGGCAGUUCAGGUCCUUCUGCUGGGAGCACCGCCCUCAACAGGCAAUUCAGGAAGCUCCACCAGAAGACACCAACUGCCUCAUCUGCAUGGAGACCGUGGGGGACAGACUGUCCUACCACACCCUGGUGUGCCCAGCAUGCACACACGCCUGGUUCCAUCGGGGCUGCAUCCAGCAACACGCCACGAAUGCUGGCUUUCUGUGCUUCCAGUGCCCCAGCUGCAGAGACAAAUUUCAGUUCCUUAUGGAAAUGUUCACCAUGGGGAUCCAAAUCCCAGCCAGAAGACCGUCAUGGGAGGACAACGGUGCAUACGCAGCGCUUCUACAAAGGCACCAGCGCUGCGAUGCCAGCACGUGCUCUUACCCUGGAGGCAGAGAGCAGGCAGAAGAAGAGGGGCCCUGGCAGCUCAUCCUGUGCAGCUCCUGUGCUGCGGAGGGCACCCACCGACAGUGCUCCUACUUGAGCAACACCACAAACUCCUGGGAGUGCGACAGCUGUGCCGGCCUGGGGACCGGUAAGAGGCAAUCAACCACCUGCCACUGGUCGACGGCCAG